CCGUUGUGUUGAAAAAAACAACAACACCUGAAUUCCGUUAAUUAAUAUUACGAGUUGAAACGAAAACCAAGUUUGUUUUGUAUUUUUUCCUCAUGAUCAACAAACCAGAAGACGAGUACAGAUAUACAAAUAAAAUACAUUUAUAACACAGAUUGAUGAAUAAAUAUAAAUUCGUAUUUUAUGUUAUUAUACUUAUAUUAUUCUAUUGGAUUGGCUGGAGGAGGGACUGUGUCUCUGGGCUGGCCUGGAAACUGUAAAAACAUCAGCAGCUUCGGCAAUUGACAACAAACACUAGCGAGCAAAGAUGCAUAAUAAUCUAUAAUAUUUAAAAAUGAACUACUCUACAUUUAAUGAUACAAUUCCAUGACAUCGUUUUUUGUGCUUAAUGUGCAGACACAGAUAGGAAUGAAAAGUCGGACCUCCCAUCUUUGCGCCACCUGGUGGUUAAAGCGAGACUAGCACCCUGGUUUUUUUCAGGUGGCUGCAGGAUUAAAAAUCCUUAGUCGGGGACGCACCCGUGGCGCGCUGGCGACGCGCACGUACUGCGGUAAAAAAGGUGGUUGCUUUGAAGUGCUACGACUGUACGUAAGGUAGUUGCAAGCUACAGUAUAAACGAAGGUUUUGUGACCAAUACUCUUUCUCUAAGCUGUUCAACUUUAUUAAACAACUCCUUAUUCUAUUCGGCUAAUUUUUGCUUUUAACUUUUUCAAAAUGAAAACAUUGUAUGUAAGACUAUGUAUGACUAUGUAUUGAUUGACAAUUAAAGUCAAUCAAAACCGUCAAUAUUAAAAUACAAGCUCUUAUUUCAGGUCUCCACACUACCAGAUGACACACACAGGUACCCAGGCACAGCCACUGCCAGCCUAGCUACUGCUGUCACAUCACUGAGAUCAGUGACACACACAGGCACCCAGGCACAGCCACUGCCAGCCUAGCUACUGCUGUCACAUCACUGAGAUCAGUGCCUCUGCCAUCCAUCCCUGGACGUCACGUGCAUCGAUCAAGACACAUAAACAGAAGGCAUGUCAAAACAUACACUAAGGAAGUUGUGUGUUUGCCUUUUUCACUGGAGUCAUCACUCUGUCAUUCCCAGGGGAGAUUCUCGGAGUAGGUUAGCCUAAGCUGGCCUUAUUGGAAAAAUGUAAUUUUCUACUGAAUGGACUGAAGACCAAUUAAGAUGGGAAAUAACAGCUAUUUUCAGACGAGUAUUUGGGUAUCAGAACACCAGUUAUUACCGUUUCAGUUUUUGAGCACCAUCAAGGGGUGCAAAAAACUAAUGAAACCACAGGUCACCUCCAAUUUCCCCUGGGGUGGUAAAGAAGUUGCUUCCAUGUGCUCCAACCUUUGUAUGUACAUCAUGGCAGAAAUGGAAGCUCCAUCACAGAAUUUGCUUGUGGAACUCUCUGAUGACAGUGAUUUUGAAAGCCAAGCUCCACAACUAAGGAGAUCAAGACGGACAAAUGUAUCAUCCAUAUCUCAGAGGGAACAAUAUGAAAGGCAGGAGGGUGAGAAACCAGGCCUCAAGCUGACAUUGAGAUGGAAUUACAUGAACAGCGAGGACCAAAUCAAGCUACUACUCACUUCACAGAUUUUAUUCCUGUUUAUGUUGAUGAUGAAGAAGCCAUUGAGGAGGCCAUCAGACGCAGUCUUUCAGAAGAGGCAGGAUCUUCAUCCUUACAGGAUUCAAGAUUUGCAAGAACACUGUCCAAAGAAGAAAUAACUGGAAUUGUAAAAGCACACAGUGAGAGGGUUGUUACGACAUCUUACAAGCCAAUCUACAUCAGUCGAGGGAACCUGUGGACAACUGCCCUCAGACAGUUUAGCAGACAGAGAUUUGCUGAGAGCACUCACAUGCUAUAUGUGACCUUUGCCAGUGAUGAAGACAUCACUGAAGAUGCUGAAGACCUUGGAGGGCCUAGGCGGGAAUUCUUUCGUCUACUUGUAAAAGCCAUCUACAAGGAGACUGGAGCUUUUGAAGAGUCUUCAAAUGGCUUUAUUCCAAGACUCAACAUUACCCAUGUGCAAAAUGGAUUGUAUCGCACUAUUGGACAGAUGAUGGCCACUAUCAUAGUCCAGGGUGGUGAGCCUCCAGUUCUGCUUUCCCCUCUUGUGGUGGGCUUCCUCUUGACAGGGCACUUUCAAUUCAAUGUGACUCCAGAUGAUGUAGCUGACAUGGAGCUGAGAGAAGCCCUCAAGAAGGUUGAUCAAGCUGCAUCAAAGGAUGAGUUGGAUCAAGCCAUCGGAUACUGUGAAUCAUGGCAGUACCAAAUCGAAGGUCUUCCAAAUCCAGUCACUAUGGACAACAAGGAUGCAUUUGUGAAGAGUGCAAUACUUUUCCAUGUUCUUAUACAACGACAGAGCUGCUAUGAUCAGUUAGUUGAGGGAUUGAAGCAGUAUGAAGUUUUUUCACUUCUCAAAGAAGACCCUGGUAUUCGGGUUCUUCUUGAGAUGCCCCAAAAAUGCAACGAUGUCACAGAUGAUGAUGUAGCUACUCUUCUAAAACCUGUCUAUUCUGUUCUUGGAAGUAACAAAAGACCAAGUGAGGAGUUAAUGGUGGUCAAGUUCAGAGAGUUUCUCCACUGUGUACAAGAGAAGGAAAUUGGGGAACGUCUUCAUGCCCGGGACCUCACUGAGGCAGAAAAGGAGUUCAUCCAGACGCUGACUGCUGGACAUAUCUUGGCCUUUGCAACAGGAAGCAGCCAAGUGCCAGCUACUGGGUUUCUUCCUAGUCCCAAACUGACUUUUGUCCAUGAUGAGACAAAACACCUUCCUGUGUCUCACACAUGCUCAAAUGAACUUCAUAUCAUAUGUUGUCUUUCCAUUGUUUCCAUCAUGUUCAAGUGGGUUAAUUGUGACAGCCAGUUCUUGCAGGUCUUGGUGGUUAAGUGGGCACAAGGAGACAGGUGCAUGCAAUGUUGAUGCUGAAUCUACUGUUAUGCUCCUGUUAAACCAUCCAGAUGCUGCUACAGAGAACAACAUAUGU